AUGGCGGCUUCUGUUAUUCUACGCUACGGUUUACAUGUUGAGAAAAUGAAUUCCGGACUAUUAAUUAAAAAUUGUAUCACUAAAUUAUCUGGUACCGAAUGUACUCGAGCAUUGUCGCUAAGUUCCACUAAAUUAGACAAAGCAAAGCAACCAGUCCCUGUACCAAAAGAUGUCCAUAAUUUACUAACAAGUCCAGAAGCUGAAGAGCUCAGACGUGCGGAUCGUCGUCAGCUGAUAACGGUUGAUGAGCCAGAUGAUAUUUCGAUUGUAUCUGGGGUACCCGAAGAACACAUAAAAACCCGCACAGUUCGUAUUUACCAACCAGCUAAAAAUGCAAUGCAGUCUGGUACAAAUAAUAUCAAUUUCUGGCAAAUCGACUUUGAUAACCGCGAACGCUGGGAAAAUAAUUUGAUGGGCUGGUCAUCAACCGGGGAUCCAAUGUCGAAUGUGAAAGUUGAUUUCGCAUCGGUGGAUGAAGCUAUCGAUCAUUGUAAAAAAAUGAAAUGGAAUUAUUUUAUUCAAAAGCCAAAUGUUGAUGAUCCUAAACCUCGCUCGUAUGGUGCAAACUUUUCCUGGGACAAACGUACACGGGUAACAACUAAGUGAGAUAGUAAAUAAUAAUAAUAAUUAUAAUUAAAUAAAUUUAUUAUUGUAAUUAUAAUAAAUUGUAGUGUACUGAUUAAUAAAUUAUACAUAUUGUAUUAAGUA